CCAGUGUUCUGUGAAUGUGAACGUGAUGAAGCUACAUGUCUGAGGCCAAGAGGGCGUAACUUUACUUGACGUCUACAGAGGAUGUUUUGGUGCCAGCUUUCUUGAGCAUUGCAAUACUUGUAAAUGAUUUGGGCUGUCGGCCAAAAUUAAGACAUGAAGAAAUUUAUAGAACAAUGGAGAGUGAAUUUUGUAUAUUAAAUGACACAGAAGAUCUGAAAACGUUGAUUUCAAACACAGAGGAGAAUUUGCAAUUUGAAAGAUCCAAGACAUUGUUUGAGGAGAUUCGUGCCUCCAUCAACAAUAACGAUGAGGAAGAGCGUUCCUUCUGGAGGCCAGUGCUUCCAUGGGGCGGUGUCUACACCAUCAGGGCAGGGAGGAAGGCGAUCUCCUGCACCCCUCUGUACGUCAAGAUAAACCUGAAGAAUACCUGCACCAUCGAUGGGUUUCUUAUGAUCCUCUAUGUCAUUCUGCGAGACAAUCAAGGUUUUCCCAGGGAAGUGGGUGUGUUCCUGGGGAAGCAGUUUGUCGAGCAUUUCCUCUACCUAAUGGACUCCUAUGACUACACUACAGUCAAGAUGUUGUGGAUAUGGGACAGGAUGUCUAAGAGCCAGUACCGCUCUCUCAUCCAUCAUGCGGCGCUGGAGAUCGAUCUUUUUGGCAACGAGCAUGAGAACUUCACCAAGAACCUGGAGAACCUAAUGUCCACCAUGCAGGAGAGCCUCUGUACCAACUGGAGCUGCCCUGGCCGUUUCCAGGAGUUCAUCCAGAGGACCAUCCACAUCAACCCUCCUCAUGAGCUGCCUCACAGAGAUCCUAUCCAGUCAGCAGUGGACAUGUUCUUCUGUCCCAAGAUCCUCCUCUGCAGGGAGCUGGGGUGUAACGGGCUGAGAGAGUUCUCCCAGAGGAUGUUCUGCCACGGCCCUCCUCCCUUCGUCAUCCUCAACAUGCAGCUGUGGAAGUCAGAGGAGCUGUCCUACGUUCCCUACCACCUGGCACUGUCCCACCAUAGGUACUCACUGGAGGGCGCCACUCUCUUCAACAAGGAGGAGCAUCACUACUCAGCAGCUUUCCAGAUCGACGGCUACUGGAUGCAUUAUGACGGGCUGCGGAGCGACAACCUCAUCCUGCUGCACAAGCCCCCCGAGCUGCUGCUGCUGUCCUCCCUCGUCUACAUCCGCGCCAGCGACAAGCCCUGACGGCCUGCACAUACUUGCUGGGCGAGAGAAAGACAUGCUGAUAGGGGAGACACAGACAGGCUGAUAGGGCAGAGACAAACAGGCUGGGAGGGGGAGAGACAGAAAGGCUGGGAGGAAGAGA